AUGAACCGUGCUUUUUGGGUCGCGCUCGCCUUUGGGUUUUUGGAAUCCGCAUCCAGCGCUUCCGCGCGUCUGGUUGAUCGACAGACUUGGCUGGCUGGGGCUGGCCGAGCAGUUCAGGGUGAGUACCUCUUGCACCGUCGAUGCAGUGCCCUUCGCACCUUGCUCCCCCCCGCAAUCGACAUCCAGAAUGCAUCAGCACCCGUCCCCCUGUCCCGCACUCGCCCGAUACUAGCCGGCUCGCCCUCGAUCGACUUCCGCCACCAUCGACAUUCACGUCAUCACGUCGCGUGUCAUUAUGACCCGCAACUACAGUCUAUCACACUUUGCACACCACCACCGGCAUCGUCACCAUCGGCCUUUGUCAACGUCGUGUCGUUCGACUCGCCUAAAAGGCCUCCUUCGUCGCAAUUAUGUGACAGUGCAGGACAGAGUGUCAAGGUCGUAACGCGAAAGCAUAGUCGAGACCUGCUUGCCCUGCAGAGGCACACAGCGCGAGCAAGUCGUCGCUUCAACUGCAUCUCGACUCUUCGUCAUCGUCCGCCAGCGUCGUGGUUGUCAUUCAGCCGUCCUCGUCUAAACGCUUAUGGACCGCGCGACGGCGUGGACGCUGAUGUUGCCAGUCCGAAGAGCACGCGCAACGUCUCAACACCCGGCAGACCAAAUGUACAGCAGCAUCGUCGUACCUGUUCCGAACGGAUCAACCCUUCAUAUUGUUCCGCCUCGCCGUUCUGGAUGUCGACACUGCGGUACUUUUUAAUGAUGCAAGACAGCAGCUGA